GGUCAUCAUCAUCCUAUCCUGCCGGGUAAAAAUAAAAAUGCAGUACACAUUCUGAUUGAAGUUAGACUUAAUAGUUGUAUAUAGUUUUACUUAGGCCAAAGAUUUUGGUUGUCAUCAGGCGUAUUUGUGCAAACAAAGAGGUUUGCUUUUAGUUGUGAGCAGUUUGUCAUAAACAUGGCACCAACGAUUCAGACACAAGCUCAACGAGAAGACGGCCACAGCAGGCCAUCUUCACAUAGAACUGUUCCAGAGAGGUCAGGGGUCGUCUGUCGGGUGAAGUACUGCAACAGCCUGCCUGACAUCCCUUUUGACCCCAAAUUCAUCACAUAUCCAUUUGAUCAGCACAGGUUUGUACAGUAUAAAGCCACUUCUCUAGAGAAGCAGCACAAGCAUGAGCUCCUGACUGAGCCAGACCUUGGGGUCACCAUUGAUCUUAUCAACCCAGACACCUACCGCAUAGACCCCAAUAUACUGUUGGAUCCGGCUGAUGAAAAACUGUUGGAAGAGGACAUCCAGGCUCCAUCCAGUUCGAAGAGAUCACAGCAGCAUGCUAAAGUGGUCCCGUGGAUGAGAAAGACAGAAUAUAUUUCUACAGAGUUUAACAGAUACGGCGUUUCCAAUGAGAAAGUGGAAGUCAAGAUUGGUGUAUCUGUCAAACAGCAGUUUACAGAAGAAGAAAUCUACAAGGACAGAGACAGCCAGAUUUCUGCUAUUGAGAAGACGUUUGAGGAUGCACAGAAAUCUAUUACGCAGCACUACAGUAAACCCAGAGUUACUCCUGUGGAGGUACUACCUGUGUUCCCAGACUUCAAGAUGUGGAUCAACCCAUGUGCUCAGGUCAUCUUUGACUCUGAUCCUGCACCUAAAGACAUAUCAGGACCAGCAGGAGUGGAAAUGAUGUCUCAGGCCAUGAUCAGAGGUAUGAUGGAUGAGGAAGGAAAUCAGUUUGUGGCCUACUUCCUGCCCAAUGAAGAAACAAUUCGCAAACGCAAGAGAGACUGCGACGAGGGGAUGGAUUAUAUGCCUGAGGAUCUGUAUGAUUACAAGAUAGCCAGGGAGUACAACUGGAAUGUCAAGAACAAAGCCAGCAAGGGUUAUGAAGAGAACUACUUCUUUAUCUUCAGAGAUGGAGAUGGUGUUUAUUACAAUGAGCUUGAGACAAGGGUGCGUCUGAGCAAGCGGAGAGCCAAGGCUGGAGCACAGUCAACCACAAACGCUGUGCUGGUGUGCAAGCACAGAGAUAUGAACGAGAAGGAACUCGAAGCCCAGGAAGCGCGUAAAGCUCAGCUGGAGAACCAUGAGCCAGAAGAUGAAGAGGAAGACAUGGACAAGGACUUGCAGGACUCUGGUGAUGAGAAAGAGAAGGGCAGCGAGAACAGUGAGGCAGAGAACUCCGGUAGUGAAUCUGAGAGGGAAGAUGAAGACCGGGAACAAAGGGGAGAAGACGAUGAAGAGGAUGAACACAGAGGGAAGCGGAGGAGGAAGGCAAGCGGCAGCGGAAGCGAAAGCGGCGAGGACAGGACCAGAGAACUGCGAGAUGAGGAAGAGAUCUUCGGCAGUGACGAUGACAGUGAUGACAACGAGCCCAAGAACUCGGCCAGGAGCAGCGGGGAGGAGGGCAGUGGAAGCGAGGAUGAAGGAGGGAACAGAGGAGGCAGCAGGAGUCGCAGUGCCUCUCCAGCACACAGCGACCGCAGCAGUGACCGCUCAGAGAGGGCUCAGAGUGGAAGUGGAAGUGAGAGGGGCUCAGAUUCCAGUGAUGCCAGUGACAGUGAAUAAGAUCUGUGGUCCGGACAGCAAGGUGAUGGCCACCUAUCUUGUCUGUAUGUUCAGCUCCAAACUUGGCAGUGGUACCCUGUCCCUGAUCCUAAUAUUAGCUCAGUCUGGGGCUGUAAUAUCAAAUGAAAUUUGUGUGCGAGAUGCUCAUUGGUUUUCUCUUCAAUCCAGUUUUUAUUUGUAGAUUAAAAGUGUGCACCAGUAGCUAUUUGUACACCAUUCCUCUGUUUUUGUCUGUCAGAUAUUCAGUACAGGAUCAUGUAAAAAACGAUUUGUUCUCUCUGCUUUUGACAUAUGUCAUUGUGUUACGGAUCUGAAACUGCUAAUAAAAUGCAGGUGACAUUUUGUAAGAAA